CUCGCUAAGCUCAGAUCUACGGCAAAAGCUUGCCACAAUCGAAUACCACUCAUCAAGUUGCUACCCGCGAAGGCCGUCGCCAUCAUCCUGCUCCUUGCGAUAGUCAAUGUCUUGGUCUGGGUCGCAUGUGGUAUAGUGCUGCACUUCCAUCCGACCCUAGUAUCUACUGCCGUGUUAGCAUGGACGCUCGGUCUGCGACAUGCACUGGAUGCGGAUCACAUUUCCGCCAUUGACCUGAUGACGAGACGACUCAUAGCUUCUGGACAGCGUCCUGUAAGUGUCGGCACAUUCUUCUCGCUCGGACACUCGACCAUCGUCAUUAUCACGUCCGUUGUUGUGGCAGCUAGCUCGGCAGCUAUAUCUAAGCGUUUCGGAUCGAUAUCUACAAUUGGAUCAAUUAUUGGCUCCUCGGUGUCGGCCGGCUUUCUUAUCCUGCUGGGUAUCAUGAACGCAUACAUUUUAUACAAGCUUGUCGAGCAGCUUCGCAAAGCGAUAAACAGCCCUCUUGGUGAGGAGUCAAACGACUUUCAGUUCGAAGGCGCAGGCUGCAUGAUUUACUUGCUGAAGAAGAUGUUCAAGCUCAUCGACAGGCCAUGGAAGAUGUAUCCUCUCGGUGUGCUCUUUGGCAUGGGCUUCGACACGUCGAGUGAGAUCGCAUUGCUAGGCAUCUCUUCCAUCGAAGCCGCGCAAGGCACCUCAAUAUGGCUUAUAUUGAUCUUGCCGAUACUUUUCACGGCAGGCAUGUGCUUGCUCGACACAUUCGACGGUGCAGCAAUGAUGAGCUUGUACACGUCUGCGCGACUGGCCCAAGAUACCAUUGCGAUUCUGUAUUACCAAUGCGUCUUGACCGCUGUGACGGUGCUGGUGGCUAUGAUCAUUGGCGUCAUUCAACUGCUUACACUAGUUCUGAACGUUGCGCCGCACCUUAGUGGACGCUUUUGGCAUGGUGUUGAAGUCGCAGGCGACAACUACGAUAUCAUAGGCGGCAGUAUUUGCGGCUCCUUCAUACUAUUUGGUAUACUCGCGGUGCUGCUGUACAAACCUUGGCGACGGUGGAUUGACCGCAAGCGU